AUGAACAUGGCCGACUCGUCAAAAGCCCCACGUUCGCCAACGGGUUCGCCUCCCGCGGAGAAGACCAUGUCCCCUGAAAGAUCCAAGACUGCAUCCCCGAAGUCCAAGACUGCGUCUCCAGCGGCUCCCGGUUCACCCGAGGCUGUUGCUCCCCAAGUUGAUAAUAACAUCGAAGUUGACAACACGACCGGUGGUGCUGCCAUUGUAACCGACGAUCAAUUAUCGGCAUACACUGCAUCUGUUACUUCGAGUGUUCUUGACUAUCCAACGGAGCAUGGUCGACGAUACCAUGCGUUUCGCGCCGGAGCCUACUAUGGCCCGAAUGACGAGAGAGAAUUGGAUCGCCUCGACUUUCUUUCUGCGCUUGUUGUCAAGACCGUUGGAAAACUCUACUAUGCACCUUUGGAGCCAGAGAAGACCAACCGAAUUCUUGACAUUGGCACCGGAACCGGAAUCUGGGCUAUCGAAGUGGCGGAGUUCUUCCCUAACGCGGAGAUCAUUGGGAACGACUUGAGUGCUACUCAGGAGACUUGGGUCCCGCCGAACGUCAAAUUCGAAGUCGACGAUGUUGAGAGUCCGUGGGUUGGGAGAUCAUACGACUACAUUUUCUGCCGCUCCAUGGCAGGCGCUAUUGCCGAUUGGCCGAAAUUGGUCAACAAUAUCUUUGCGAACACCAACCCAAGCGGCUGGGCCGAAUUCCAAGACUGGGACCUUCUGUACCGGUCGGAUGAUGGCUCAUACACUGAGAAACACCAGACGCAUAAAAUGCUGAACAUGUUUUUCGACGCAUGUAAGAUCAUCGGCCGCGAGGCUCGGCCGGGUCCCCUAAUUCCGCAAUGGCUCGAAGAUGCCGGCUUUGUCAACAUCGUCCAUCACAGGUACCCGAUACCCGUUGGACCAUGGGCGAGGGACGCUCACUACAAAGACAUCGGGAUGAUGAACUUACACCAAGUGCUCGAUGGCCUCGAAGCCUUCAACUUGCGACUUUUCACCGGAGUUCUUGGCUGGACCGAGGCGGAGGUCCAGGAGCUCCUCGCACAGUGUCGCAAGGAAUUGAAGACGGGUGCGUUUCAUGCAUACAUAAACUUCCAUGUCGUGUAUGCUCAGAAACCAAAGUCUGAAGCGGCAAAAUAG